AACAGCAGAAGUACUGUUGGGAAAAAUUCUGUGCCGAUGGAUAAGCUGGGAAAAGCCUGAAGGGAUCCUAGCUCUCGUGUGCCACCAGCCGAGUCCCAGGACGACCAUGGCCAGUCAGCUGUUCCUCUCAGAGCGUUCUCAAACAGUGUAAAGAUGUGGAGCUCUCCUUCAGUGACGUGACGGGCAAGCCUGAAAUCUUCAAAGGCACCAAGAAGGGGAUGUUGUAUCUCACCCCUUACAGGAUGAUCUUUGUGUCGAAGGGCAAGGAUCCGAUGCUGUCUUUCAUGAUGCCAUUUUAUUUGGUGAAAGGAUGCUCGAUCGAACAGCCUGUUUUCUCUGCCAAUUACAUCAAAGGACAGAUUCAGGCUGAGGCAGGAGGUGGCUGGGAAGGGCAGGGGACGUUUAAACUGACUUUCAACAGCGGAGGAGCCAUUGAGUUUGGACAGCUGAUGUUCAAAGCUGCCUCUAGCGCUUCCAGUGGCGUUCCUCUCCAGAACCCUGGCUACGGCUAUACCCCUGUUCCCGGAGGAUAUGCACCCCCCCCACCUGCUCCUGGGGGUUAUUCACCGGCUCCGGGGGGCUACGCUCCUCCUCCACCACCAAACGGACCAUAUCCUUAUGCACCACCUCCGAUGAGCGCCUACGGACCAGCUCCACAGCCCAUGGGAUAUCCAUAUGCCCAGACUCCAGGUAUUUACCCACCACUUCCAAACAUGAACCCUGUGUAUGUGCCACCUCCUCCCCCCUACUCCGGGCCAUCUCCUGCAGGACCCUCAGCCCCCUCUGCUCCCCCAGCUUGGGUGAGCCCAGGGAUGCCAGGGAGCAAUAAGGCCAUGGAAGCCGCUUCCAGUGCGUAUUACAAUCCAGCCAACCCACACAACGUGUACAUGCCCAUGGAUCAGCCACCUCCUUACACACCUCCUGAGGAUAAGAAGAACAACUAACAGAAGGAAAUUGCAACCAGUCUCCCGCACUCUCUCUCCCUGAAGACAACUUGGCUGUUACUACCCCUCCGGUUAGCGUAUCUCUAGGUCUCUUGGUAUAUACACAAUAUAUGUAAUGCUGGGCAGGGGAGCACCUGCCCUCCUUAAACGUAAAGUCAGUGGCAAUACAAGGUGGAACAACAGCACUUCCCUGCUUAUUUGCUUUAUCUCAUGGGGUUGAAGCACUAACCUUUUGCUCUGCCAUUGGCUUAAGGAGAGAGAUGGACUUCUUAAACCAGCAGUAGACCACAUCACUAAUCUAGGACUAAAGGCUCUGGGAUCUUGGAGUAAAACUACUUGGAAUGCCAAACUUUAGACUUCUUCUGAAGCACCAUCCAAGAGGAAAGGCAUAGAGAGCCCUGAGGUUCCUUGCAUAAACUCUUGGGUGCCCCGGAAAGGUGUUAACUUUCCUUAAAUUGUGGCACAGCUCAGCGUGAGUUGGGACUCUGGAAAUCCUUUAUCAUGCUGGAAAUGUGUUUCAUCUCGUGGAUUAAGAGUCAUGGUGUGAUGAACUUGGGAAGUGCAUCCUAAGAGACACUGAAGCAUUUGGCUGCGCAAGAGGGAGGGGCACGGGCCCCAGUCACCCCUGCCCUUGUAGACAUUGAAUAGAAAAGCAAACAGAGGUGUGUCUGCAGGGCAGCAUGCUGAUCCUGGCAGGCAUGCCAAUCAGUCUUCCUUUCCCUCUCCUAGAAGCAGGUCCCACGUCUGUGCAAUGAUCCUGUGUCGAGCAGCCCUUCUUCAAGCCUAAUGGAGUCAAGUGCUGCACAGGAGGCUGCUUGCCUUGGAGCGAAAUACGUUCCAUUAGGAAGGUGACCUGGCACUAGCCUUGUCAGGAGACAGGUCCCACAGCCCUGGCUCCCUCUGCUGAGCAAGCUUGUGCUGUGUGCUCGCUCCACAGGGGAAAACUGGCCUCCAUCUCAUCCUUGGGCUGCUACAGCCAGGGCCUGUUUGCCCAUAUCUGAGCAGCGCAGGAGGGUGGGCGCUGUAGAAGUGGAGUUGGGUUGCUGAGGGGUGCAGCGCCCUCCCUCAGCUGGGAACCACUGCCUGGUGUGGAUGCUACAAAGGCUCAGCUCUCCUGCAGAGACUGGCUGCUCGGCCACAACCUUUCCUUCUUCCUUAGGACAUAGUGCCAUUAAACCUGCUCUGAAGAGAGUCUCUGGUAGUCUGGUGGAGACCUUUGUGAUCCUUUAUAUAUAGGGUGAUCGUACUACUUCCUACGGCCUUCCUACCUUCACAGUGAAGGGGAAGGAGUGUUUUCCCUCUUACUUCCCUGCUUGCCAGGGCUCUCCUGUUAAGUCAGGCUUGCACAACUUGCAAGUGUGAAUUCCUAAAGCAGCCCUGCAUGGGGGGUAAGUUAGUUUCCAUAUCUAUGAAUGUCUUUUAAGUCUGAAUUAGAGAUAUUCUAUUAACCCUGUAUUUAAAAAAAAAAAAAAUCAACCAUGAAUGUUUAUAACUUUUUGGAUUGCACUUUAAUACAGGAGUGUUGAUACCUUUUUCUGCCUGUUCA